AUGUCCCGGUUGCCUAGUGGUAUCCCCGGCCAGACUCCCCAAGAGUUGGGUCAGGAGGGGAACCCAGUCGAAGAUGACGCGAUGAACGAUGAUCAAGCAGAGCAGGAAGGAUAUGCAUCUUCAACUCCUACCUCAUCUCUUACAUGGAUCACAUGGUUUUGUUCUUUACCCGGCCACGAAUAUUUCUGCGAAGUGGGGGAAGACUUUAUCGAAGAUGACUUCAAUCUGACUGGUCUCAAUGGACUGGUCCCGUUUUGGAGAGAAGCGAUGGAGAUGGUGCUUGACGUAGAGCCAGAGGAUGCCCUGAAGAUCCCCGAUGUUUCGAUUGUCGAGUCCUCUGCGGAAUUAUUAUACGGACUAGUCCACCAACGCUAUAUUCUCACACGCCCGGGACUACAGGCUAUGGUUGAGAAAUACGAGGCCGGCCAUUUUGGGACCUGCCCUCGAGUCUUUUGUAAUUCCUGUCACGUAGUUCCAUGUGGACGCUCCGAUCUCCCAGGUCUCGAAACCGUCAAGCUUUACUGUCCGAAUUGUAACGACAUCUAUUCUCCACCCAGUAGCCGCUUCCAGGGCGUAGACGGCGCAUUCUUCGGCACUACUUUCCCUCAUCUCCUUUUCCAGACCUACCGUGAACUUGCCCCCGCACCUUUCAGUCCCACUGCACCCCCUGUUGAUUCAGUUCCAAGUCGUCGCCAACCGGCCAUCGUUGAACCAUUCGUGAACCCCAACCCACAUGGGGGACAAAAACAGCCCGCAGACCGCGUAUACACAUCCAAAAUUUACGGAUUCCGUGUUAGCGAGCGUGCAAGGAGUGGUCCUAGGAUGAGGUGGCUGAGACUGCGGCCACAAGGUUUGGAAGAGCUUAACGCGGUGGAUUGGAGAGGACGCUGGAUCGGAAGCGAUGAUGAUGGAGGAUUCGAGGAUUCAGAUAGGGAAGGAGGGCCUUUGGAGCGAUUUGACGAUGACGAAGGUUCACAGGAGGAUGAAGAAGAGGAAGAGGAAGAAGAGGAAGAGAAACAACAGGCAGCGCCCAACCCCGGUGCUCGUCUUGGACGACAACAUAACCUGUUGGCCUCUGAUUGGAAGCCCUAUGUAGAUCCUGCAUUGGCAACUAACGUCGCGGGUCUAUCUUCCUAUCCUACUGCUCAGUCCAAACUUGAGCCAUACACGAUCCCUGAAGACUCAGACGCCCCGCGCUCAACCCUCUCCCGCUCUUCGAGCUCGAGCUCUCUAUCUACUCCCGCAGAGGACACCCUACCCCGGCCACAGGCCUACCGAAAACCCAAGGGCGCAUUGAAUCGCAAGUUCCAAGAAGUAGAGAUGAUGCUGCGGGCAGCUGCUGGAACUGGAACCAUAGAGGUAGUAGAAAACACGGCACCUGUUGUUGCUGUUACCGAGUUUGGUUCCGAUUCCGACGUCCGGCAUCAACAGUCUACGAUCGACUCUGUCAAACCUCAAGACCCAAUGGCUGUUCAACGCACUAACCUCCGAUAUGGCGCCAACACCGGCCGCCCCACCACUGCGAUCGACAAGGUCCCCAAGCCCAGCCACCGCAAGGGCGCCUUGUCCGCAAAGAACAAGCUCGUUCGCUCCGUUGUUCGUGAGGUUGCUGGAUUCGCGCCUUAUGAGCGUCGCGUGAUGGAAUUGCUGCGUAACUCGAAAGAUAAGAAGGCGCGCAAGCUCACCAAGAAGAGGCUCGGCACUCUCCUCCGCUCCAAGCGAAAGCUCGAGGAACUCAGCUCGAUCAUCCAGGAGAGCCGUAGGGCACACUAA